AUGGAGGAGUUCCGACUACCAGAACGCAUUUUUUUGCGUGGCUUAGAACCGUCUGGGAACCGGAACCGAGUGAAUAAAUACUUCAACUUGAAGUGGAUAAAUGUAAUUAGAACAGCCCUUGAAACAGAUGAUCUGGUUCUGUUGGAGGAGUCUCAGUUUGGCCAACUACUGAAAAUGGGGAACCACACUUUCUCGGUAAUGUUUGUCCACUAUCUACUGUCGCGGCAGCUUGUCACCCAGAAGGAAUACGAAAUGUGGUGGCUCUUUGCGGGGAAGCCAAUACGCUACGGUAUACAAGAGUUUGCUCUUGUAACUGGUCUCCUGUGUGGUGAUGAAGAAUCGAGUGGAAGAAAAGGUGGUGAGAACAAGAGGAAGAAGGGCAGGGGAAAUGAGAUAGAGAAAGACGAAAGAGGACCCGUUUGGAAAGAGUUAUUUGGGGAUAUGUCGAAGGUUACAGUGCCUUGGAUUCUGGACAAUCUUUCGGAGGGGAAAAAUUACAAAACCCCAGAGAUUCGACUGAAGCUGGCUCUUCUUGUACUCGUUGAAGGCAUAUUGUGCGUGACGAGUGCUCUAUGCCUUGUCCGACCUGACGUGGUGGAGAAGGUUAGGGAUGUGGAGGGGUUUUUGAGACAUCCGUGGGGUAGAGAAUCUUUUCUACUGACCGUUCCAUCGGCGAAGGAGAGGACUGCUGGUAAGUACGCACAAGAGACUAUAGCCAUACAAGGAUUUGCCCAUGCAAUGGUCCUAGUCACGGUUUGUUGUUGCCCUGAAAUCAUUUUACCUAAAGGCGAGGUUGAUCCUCCGUUGGCUGCCGAUUUACCCAUUGAAGACCUCGUAAAGUUUGUAGCUUCGAUGAACUUGACGAUCGAGCCCAAGUCUGCCCAGAUAUUGGACAAGAAAGGGGUGGUUAAGGUGCGGUCACUUCUAUGCUAUGGACUUGAAAGGCCUCGUUUGACUAUUUCUAAGGCGGUUAAGGAUCCUGCUGUGGAUCACAUGGUUCAGUUAAUAGUCGAACAUUUUCGGUUUGACCUUAACAUCUGGCGUGGCGGCGUGAAGUAUGAGGUUUUGGAAGGUAGGAAGCGGAAACGUGUUGAUAAGAAGGACGUCCCUGAAUCGUCUGUUGGCAACUGUAAGGAUGAAAAUGAAGAAGUUAAAUCGGCGCCUCGGCAUGAAAAUGAAGAAGUUAGCAGGGCGGGUGAGGAGUAUGAGGAAAGAGCAGAGACUAUGUUUGCGGGGUAUGUUGCGGGUUUGAAAGAUCAUUUCACUAAAGUUGUUGGAGAGCUUAGGGGUGAAAUUGGUACUCGUCGGGUCGAGAUGCGGGCCCUUGUGAGGGGUGAACUAAGUAACCUUAGGGCAGAGAUGCGGUCCCUUGUGGAAGCUAUGUGUACGAAAUACCGCGGGGAGAAGGGACACGCCAAGGGUGGAGGUGAUAGUGGAGAGGCUGACGGGAACGUCCGGCAAAGCAAAAGUAAAGAUCCGGGAGGUGCAACAUUUGGUGGAGUCGAGUAG